AUGACCGUAAAUGGCCUCCUCUAUCUCCCCUCAUCCGUCUCAAAGCUCGUCGCCGCGUACUCCAAAAUACCCACUUCGGAGAGCUUACACUACGCCAUUAAGGCCUUUGAGCUUUUGCGGGAGGAAGAAGCAGAGGAAGAGGAAGAAGCCGACCCCUUCUUGUGGAACUCUCUCAUUAGAGGUUACUCCUCUAUUGGUUCUCUUGAUGAAGCUCUUAAGCUCUACAUUGGAAUGGUAAGUGUUGGGGUUGUUCCCGAUCGCUUUAGUUUCCCUCCUCUGCUCACCGUUUGCUCAAAGAUCUUAGCUUUUGAGGAAGGACAGCAAUUACAUGGGGUUUUACUCAAGAUAGGAGAAGAGGGAGGAGUCCAAGGUGACCUUUUUAUCCAGAAUUCUUUGGUCCACUUCUAUGUUGAGUGUGGGGAAAUGAGUUGUGCUCAACGGGUGUUUGAUGGAAUGCUGCAAAGAAAUGUAGUCUCAUGGACUAGUCUAAUUGAUGGUUAUGCUAAGGGGGACUGCUCAGAAAAGGCUAUUUCUUUGUUUCAUGAUAUGGUGAGGGAUGGCCGAAUCGAACCCAAUUCCGUCACCAUGGCUUGCGUGCUUUCGGCUUGUGCACGGUUGCAAGAUCUCAUGCAGGGGGAGAAGAUUUGCUCAUAUAUAUCGAAUUCUGGUGUUGGGUCUAGCUCUUUGGUCAAUCCAAUCAUCGAUAUGUACAUGAGUUGCGGGGCUACAGAGAAAGCAAGACAAAUCUUUGAUGAUUGCAAAUACAGAGAUAUUGUUCUUUGGAACAUAAUGGUUUCAAAUUAUGCACGCAAUGGGAUGGCAAAGGAGGCUCUUUGUGUCGUUAAUGAAAUGCUUCUUUCUAAACAACGGCCAGAUAGGGUUACUGUGCUUGCUGGACUCUCCGCAUCUGCACAAUUAGGUGCUAUUCAGGUAGGAAAACAAUUACAUGCUUAUAUAUUGAGGAAUGGGCUUGACUGUUGGGAUGUUGUGAACAAUUCAGUCAUAGACAUGUACAUGAAAUGCCGCAAUGAGAAAGCUGCAAGGAAGGUAUUUGACAUAAUUCGUAUCAAGAUUCUGGCAACUUGGAACACCAUUAUAAAUGGUUUUGUUAUCAAUGGUGAUUACACCUCCGCUUGGGAGCAUUUUAACAUGAUGCCUGAAAGAGAUCUUAUUUCUUGGAAUACAAUGAUUUGUGCUCUAGUACAGGACAGUCAACUUGAGGAAGCUGUUGGGCUUUUCAGGAAAAUGCAAGAUUCAGAACUAAAACCUGAUACGGCUACAUUGGUUAGCGUAGCUUCAGCAUGUGGGUAUCUCGGUUCUCUUGAUCUCGCCAAGUGGGUGUACACCUAUACACAAAAGAAACGAAUCUCACGCAAUGUUAGACUAGGAACCGCGUUGGUCGACAUGUUUUCUAGAUGUGGUGAUUCACGAAGCGCGAUGCAUGUGUUCGGCAGGAUGCCUAUUAAAGAUGUUGCAGCUUGGACUGCCGCGAUUGGGGCAAUGGCUUUCGAGGGUAAUGGUAAUCAAGCUUUUAAGCUUUUCUCAGAAAUGAUCAAUCACGGUGUGAAACCUGAUGGCUUGGCGUUUGUUGGGGUACUGACAGCGUACAGCCAUGCGGGGUCAGUCGAAGAGGGUUGCACGUUUUUCCAUUCAAUGAGCAACACUUAUGGCUUCACCCCGCAAAUAGUCCAUUACGGUUGCUUGGUUGAUCUCCUUAGUCGUGCUGGUCUAUUAGCGGAAGCACAAGCUCUCAUUGAGAGCAUGCCGAUGGAGCCUAAUGAUGUAAUAUGGAGGGCACUAUUAGCUUCUAGCCGCAUUCACCGUGACAUUGAAAUGGCAGAAUAUGCAACAAAGAAAGUUCUAGAGUCGGCUCCAGAGAAAAGUGGCGCUCGUAUUCUUCUAUCGAACAUGUACGCUUCGGCAGGACGGUGGAAUGAUGUUGCAAAGGUGAGGUUGUCUAUGCGAGAUAAAGGGGUUCGAAAGACUAUCGGCUCUAGUAAGAUUGAU